UUUAAAAAACACCUUGUAUCAAAUAUAUCUUACAUUGAAAUUUAUUUGACGUCCUGAAAAACAAGGUGAAAUUUAUUAUUGUACGCAUAUAUACGAUUGUUAUGAAAACAAAUUUUAUAAAAGAAAGAAAUUUUUAUAUCUUUAUAUCUUAAUACUCAAAAUGCCAGCUGAUCAAAUACAAUACUCUGAAAAAUACAACGAUGAUAAAUAUGAAUAUAGGCAUGUUAUUUUGCCAGUUGAUUUAGCAAGACAUGUUCCAAAAACUCAUCUUAUGUCAGAAACAGAAUGGAGAAAUUUAGGAGUUCAACAAAGUCCAGGCUGGGUACAUUACAUGAUGCAUGUACCAGAACCACAUGUACUACUGUUUCGUAGACCAAGGACUGAUGUUUUAACAAAUACAAGAAACACCUCUUUUCAAAGAGAAUAUCAAAGUGUAUAUUGUGUUUAAAACAAAUUUCUAGGAACUUUCAAUACUAUUUAUAAUAGAUUCAAAGCAUAAUAAGUUAAUACAAGUUAGCAUAAUUAUACAAUUCAUGUAGAAGAAUUAUAGAAUUCUUGUGGAAUUUUUAUAGAACAUACUGUCAUGUAUGUAAUUUUGUGCGUAAGAAAGAAACUUAUAAUAUUUCGCAUGCUUAAAUCAGAUAUGUACAAUUAAUAUUUAUAAAAUCUACAAUAUAGAGGUAAUUACUGUACAGAAUACAAAAUGAAUUCUACAUAAUAGUAUGUUCAUUAGUUUGAUCUUUGUAUAAUAUUAAGUAAUCUUUUUUAUGGUUGUGAAUUUGAAAAUGAAGUACCUAUAUAUAAAUCUAAAACUACAUUGAGACUGUGAUAAAUUUAUAAAUAUUGAAAUUCGUUAUUUUUACA